UCAUACAAGUCUGAUACUUACAGCAGGACCAGGAAUCGCUGCGAAUUCAAACCCUGAAGAAGAGACACCAAAGAUUUUGGACCAAGAGGAGCUGACAAGGUGCUACAAAGAAAAAGGGAUUCUGACAUGCACUGGCAGAAAUCACCGAAGGAGAAGCUGUGUUACACUCUUCCCACAGUGAAGAAACUCCUGGAGCAGAAGAGGAAGAGGGAAACCUCCUCGACGGCAACAACCAGUACCGGCGUCCCCACUGCCACCGUCCUCUCCCAACAGGUGUCAACACCAGAGAAGUCUACCUCAACAGGUGUAGCCAGCAGCUACUCAGACAUGGCAGUGGGGUAUGAGAGAUGGGGUCCUAUGGAUGAGCACCAAGCCGUCUUGGCCAUACAGGAAGGUCCAUUCUCCCCUAUGGGGAACAAUUACUUCUCCAGCCCAUCCUCCUCAAUGGACUACAGCCAUACUCUUGCCUACAGCUCUCAGAUGGUCUCCAGCUACAACACACAGCAGAUGCAGGACUACCCAGACACCAGGAUGCCUCAGCAUUAUACGGAGUGUCCAGUGACCGAGGCUGUGUCUAGUUUGGUUCCUUCUGGGCCCCUGCAGUCUGCUGUCUUCUCCUGGUCGUCGGGGGCCCUGGGCCCCACAGAACCUGUCCAGCAGGUGUUUAGUGGCCAGAUGGAUGUCACUAAGCUGGAGGAAGCCAGGAUGUUCCUCAGAGGGAUGGACUACAGCAGAACCACCUGGCAGGAUGAUGACGGAGACACGAUUCUGCAUAUCUAUACAGCCAAGGGCCUGAGGGAGUAUGCAUUCGCUGCAGCAGAGAGGCUUGCUGAGCUGGGCAGGCUAGACUCCAAGGAACACAAGGGGAAGACUGCUUUGCUGGUGGCGGUGACUGCUAACCAUCCGGAAAUCGUCCAGGAUCUGUUGUCUUUAGGGGCGGAUAUAAAUGCCUGUGAUGUCAAAGGUCAAACAGCACUUCAUCUUGCUGCCACCUAUGGCUUCCCCAGGGUUAUGCAGGUUAUUCUCUCAAUUGGGCCUGGAGUGAACCUGGAGGCUCGCAAUUUUGAAGGUCUGACUCCUCUGCACUGUGCAGCCAUCUCCCACAGUGGCACCCUGAAGACUCUCUCCUCCCUCUCCUCCACCGGGCUGGGUGAUGCCAGCCUCCAUGCCCUGGCAGAGGAGAAGCUCUCCUGGCUGCAGAUGCUACUUAACACCGGAGCCUCCCUGACCAGCCAGGAAAUCAAAAGUAACAAGACUGUUCUUCACCUGGCUGUGAAGGAGGGGAACAUCCAGCUGGUUCGCCAUCUGCUGAAAACACCCCUGGACAACAUGAGGGACUUUGUCAACAUGAAGGCCCAUGGUCAUACCGCACUGCACAUGGCUGCUGGUCUCCAUGGCAGCCCACACCAGGAGGAGAUGCUGAGGCUGCUGCUGAGUAGAGGGGCCGACCCCAGCAUCCGCAACCUGGAGAACGACCAGCCUGCACACCUGCUGCAGAGUGGACCCCACGGGGAACAGCUCAAGCUCAUCCUGAAGAAGCGAAGUGCUUCCUCUCGUCGACGUGUAAUGUCCUUACAGGACCAAGAGUGACCCGGACUACUUUUUAUGUCCCUGUGUAUCCCUCUACCUCUUUUCAGAGGAAGUACUGAAGGUCUGCACUGUAGGUUGAAUCCAGACAUCUGUACUUCCAACAGGGAGGGAUUCUAGCGUAUCUUCAUGUGAGGAUUUUCAAACACCGUGAAUCUCUAAUAUAUACUAGAGCAUUUACUUUGAAACUAUAUGUUUGAUUGACAUGAUUUUGGUCCCUAUCUGAAUUCAGUUAGCAAUGACGUUUAUGUAUUUUAUAUCUUAAUGGACAGCUAUUGUUUUUGUUUAAUGGAUAUCUAGCAAUGAGCAGUGGUAACAGGUGGUAUUCCAGUCCACCCUGACAUUACUGUCACUCAGUACAACCUUGAUUUCUAUGAUAAUCGUUUACAUUAUAUUCAAAGCUUCCAACACUCAUUGUAUGAGUAUGCCCCCCCCCCAGCCGGGAAGCCCUCCUUAGCGGUAUAUCUGAGGAGGGUUUCUGGGCUCCCACCCCCACUCAUAUCUGAGGAGGGUUUCUGGGCUCCCACCCCCACUCAUUCUCUCGUCAAAACUUCGCACCAUUGUCAGAAAUCAUAUUGGUUUGUUGAAAGGUGGUUGUUGUUUCACUAAGCAUGUGACACAGUGUACCAUUGUGCUCAUGCUUUCAAUGUUGCUUUUAACUUAUCUAGGUCUUUUCUUUUUAUAUUUGAUAUACUCACAGCACUCAUUGAAUAGCUAAUAUAUUGUCAUUGGUGGAAAAACUACUCAAGUAUGACUUUUGAGUAAAGGUAAAGAUACCUUAAUAGAAAAUGACUCAACUAAAAGUGAAAGUCACCCAGUAAAAUAUUACUUCAGUAAAAGUGUAAAAGUAUUUAGUUUUAAAUAUACAAAAGUACAUCUAAAUGGAAUUGCUGAAAUGUACUUAAGUAUCAAAAGUAAAAGUAUUAAUAAUUUCAAAUCCGUAUAUUAUGCAAACGAGACAGCACAAUAUUUUUUUAUUUUUUUUAUUUACAGAUAGCCAGGGCACAC